UUGACCUUAUUUGGUUAUCUGGAGAGUUAUGUGACUGUACUUGUUUACCUGGCUCUCGACAUUGAGUGGAAAAUCAGAGCACAAAGCAAUAAAUCGAGAUUAAAUGCAGCACCAAGUAACUCGACGCCACACCCACACCUGCUGGCCAACGGCACCAGUUAACACCUGCGCCAGUGAAUGUUGUGACUGUGUUGUACACGGUAUUCGGACGUUUCGGCCCCACAAGUUUGGGCUCCAGACAUUUGGACCACGAGCUAUUGUGCCGCAACUCUCCAUGGACACACUGCUGGUUAUUUUGUCAUCAUUUGUAGGAGACAGGAAAUUCUGUGGGAAUAACCACUCAAACAGGACCCAGCAGUCGUGGGAUACGCUCGGAGACACACACAGAGGAACAGACGGGAGGAGCAGGAGAAUCGGACAGUGAGGCAGGAUGGGCAACAGUAAAAGCUGCUUUUCUGAGGAGGAACUACAGGACUAUGAAGACUUGACCUACCUCACGAGGAAGGAAAUACUUCUGGCAUGGAGCAGGUGGAUGGAGCUGGUACAGUGUCAGGACUCCAGCAACAAGUCGGCUCGCUACCCCGACAAAGUCAUUCACCAGCUGCCAGAACUGAAGCACAACCCAUUCUGUGAGAGAAUCACUCGGGUGUUCUCGUCGGAACAUGACUCGAGGAUGAGCUUCGAAGACUUCCUUGACCUACUGUCUGUGAUGAGCGACAAGGCGCCACUCCAGCUCAAGGCCUUCUACGCCUUCCACAUCUUCGACUUUAACGAGGACAAGAGUCUGGACCGAGAUGACCUCGGGCUGGUGGUGGACAAGCUGACAGGUGAUUCGGGUCUCCUGCCUGAGGAGAAGGAGAAGCUCGUGGACAAGCUACUGGAGGAAACAGACCUGGAUGGCGGUGGCAUCUCCGAGGAGGAGUUCAAGCACCUACUCACCAAGUGCCCCGACUUCAUCCACUCCUUUAGGUUCUCUAUUUAACGAUAAUGUAAGAACGGGAUAUAAACGUCUACCGAAUAUAACGUAAAAAAGACGAUAUAUGAUUCAAAUACUUGUUCAUGGAAGUAAUUCUUGUGAAGAGAAAUUUAAAAAAAAAAUCGGAAGCAAGUGAAACUGUAAACUAUAAUAUCUAAAAUUCCCUGUCGUGUAUGUGGUACUUAAUAUGUCGCUAAGAGAAUUAAACAGUUGAAGAUC